GCGGAGGUGGUGGCGGCGCGCGCGGGCCCGGCGGCGGGAUCAUCCCGAUGCUGCUGCGCCACAGGCCCGCGCUCGAGGAGUGCAAGGGGCGCAUCCAGGAGAAGAAGUGCAAGUAUGUCGAGGCGGCCGUGCGCGACCUGGGCAUGACGCAGGCCGAGGCCGAGCAGCAGUCCGUGCUGAGCCUCCGGUCGCAGCUGCGCAAGCUCGAGGAGGACGGCCAGCACGGCGCGGGCGCCGGCAUGCCCAGCCCGGGGCACGCGGUGAAGCUGCGCGGCCUCCUCGACAUGCGGUUAGUGGACCUGUCCGACUGGGAGGAGCAUUUCUUCGAGGACGUGGAGCACGAUUUGCGCAAGCAGUGCUCCCGCUUCGGCGAGAUCAUCCACUUGGUAAUCGAGGCAGGCGAUCGCGAAGGCGCCGCGCUCGUCUUCUUCGCGGCGGCCGAGCAGGCGCGCGCCUGCCUUCAGGAUAUGAACGGCAGAUGCUUCGCCAAUGCAACGCCUUCUGCCUCCUGGCGGACCUGCCGCCGCCCACGCCGGCGUCGUCGGACCGCUCGUCGGUCCAGAGAGUGGCCGCCUUGGCGUGGAUGGCGCUGGCGCCCGCGACGCCAGGGCUGGCGGCCCCCCACCCCUGAUGGGGCGGCGUCCUCGUGCGCCUUCAAAUCAUUUAGGAUGGUCAGUCAUGUGCGGCCCGGCGUGCUGGAUGCAGCGGCUGGUGUACAGUCGGCAUGCCGGGGAAUGGCUGGGAGCGACAGUGAACAGUACGCGUGCGUUGAUUUUCGUGGGUUUCGAGAGUUUGCAUGGCGCGA